AUGGAUGAAAACAAUCUGAAAGGCAGAGGAGAAAGAGUACAGGAUGAUGAAGAGGUGGUGGAUAAGGAAGAAGAGUAUGAGGAAGAGUGUGUGUUACUCCAAAGGACUGAUCUUAUUUUAAUGAAGAUGGAUAAACUCAUUCUUUUCAUUUUUUUGUUACAAGGUGUUUGGUGUGAAGAUUGGCCCAUCAGUCUGCCAAAGAAGAUUGAAGCUUUGAGAGGAUCCUGUGUGACCAUAAACUGCACAUUUACUAUUAAUAACAUAUAUGACAAAGAUCUCUCUGACAGUGCUGCAGGAAUGUGGUAUAAAGGUGACCAUACAAACAUCAACAAUAUUGUGUUUAACUCCAGAAACCCCAAUCAUUCUUUUAAAGGGGAAAUAAUUGGAAAAUUACAAAACAAGGACUGUACUACCAUCUUUUAUGACAUUACUUCAAAUCAUGGAGGUAAAUUUUACUUCAGGAUUGAGGGUAAUGAUCCACUGAAAAGUACCUUUACACAAAACUCGGUUUCAAUAGAUGUGAUCGACUCUCCCCCCAAACCCACAGUGCAGAUGUUUAAGGAUCAGAUGAAGGUUAAGGUUCAUGAGGAGGUGUUAGAGGGGAGCUCUAUGUGUCUGCGCUGCUCUGCUAAGACUCUCUGCUCCUCUUCUCCACCAACUCUCACAUGGAGCUCCACUGACAGACUCCACCUCAAUGAGAACAGCAGACUACAGCUGGAUCAACAGAAUCAAACUGAGAUCAUCUCUGAUCUGAACUUCACUGCUACUCACCUUCAACAUGGAGUCACUUUCAUCUGCACUAUAACCUACCAGCUACAGCAGAGGAACACAACAGCACAGAGCUACAUCACAUUAUGUGUUCAGUAUGCACCGAAAAUCUCUCUCUUCAGCUGUAACAGAACUGAUGUAACUGUGUGUUUGUGUGAGGCUCAUGGGAAUCCCUCUCCUAAAGUGGAGUGGUUUCUAUCUGGACGUCCUGUCAGUAACUUUACAAACACAUCCAUCAUUGAGGAGCGAUUGAACAGCACAGACUUGAGGAGCUUCAUUUCUCUCCAUCAGUCACUUACACACACAGACACUCUGCAGUGCGUCAUCAUCAACACUCACGGCAAUGCCAGUCAUCAGAUUGAACAGUUUUACUGUUCUCAUGAGACAACAGGUUUCAGUCUUUUCUCUGUGCUGAUCGGAGCUGCUAUUGGAGCGUCAAUAAUAAUAAUCUUGUGUGUCAUCACCUAUCUCUGUAAACGAAAAGAAAACAGAAAAUCCUUAAAGACAAAACAGGAAGACAUCUCUGGACUUAAUCUGUCAGACAGGGAGAAUGAAGAACCUGUUUAUGCCAAUAAAUCUAAAGAAACUUCACUGAAUUACCCACAAUCCCUUCAUUAUUCCUCUAUUGACUUCACAAACACCCUAAUAGAGUCAGAAGAGAUCAGGGGCGUCUCCUCACUUACUGCUGUCUAUGCUGAUGUCCGACAUUAUUCAGGACAAGAAGAAGAAAAGAGUUCUGUGGGAAGCGUUGAACCUCUGACCAACAGCAACAUCUCAACAGUUGAGAUAGCAGACAGUGAAACAAGAGAUCUAGAUUUUAACAUCAGCACAGACACUGAGCAAGAUCAGUCAAGGAAAACAGAUUUGCAGUCAGAUGAAGUUUCUGAUCUUUAUGCUCAAGUUAAACGCACACAAAGAAUUAAAAACUAGCUAAUUUUCAAAAAAAUUGACAUUUUAUGCUAUGAAUUUUUUUUAUUUUUUAACAGUCAAGAUUUUAAAAGAUAUUCCUACAGAGACUUUAAAAUAUAAAUUAAGGCAUCAAAGCAGUGUCAUGUUUUCUUUAUGUUUGGUCCUUGAGUGCAGCAAUUGUGUACAAUGUUAAACAAAACAAUCAAUUGUGAAGGAUUGUUGUGUCAUUAACUUAUAAUACAGUAUUAAUCAUAGAUUAAAAUUAAUAAAUUUGCUUUACAUAUAUUUUUGUAUGUGUAUAAUAUUUGUCAUAGUUUAAUUUUAUUCUUUAAUCUAUUUUUGAGUUAUUUUAUUGUUUUUUAUUGUUGUUUUGUGUGCUCUAUGAUUGUGUGGAUUUAUAAUAUGCAUAUAAAAGUUAAGAAGUUUAUUUCCUCAUACUGUACCUUUAAUAACGUCGUUUGACCAGUAGAGGGCAGCUUUAUGCAUUUAGUGACGAGUCGUUUGCUUCCUUGAUGCACUAAAGUAAACAGUCACCCACCGUCAUAGGGAAAAUGUAUAAUAAAUGUUUUCAAAAUGAACAUUACAACUAA